CAUCAGCACUACACUAUGCUUACAGCUCGAAACGGAUCUCGUUGGAAAGUCUUCCUAACGAUCGCAUUGAUUGGGCUGUGCAAUGGAGCUUUGGCGCAGCAGUACGACGUUCACCUGGAUAACGUGGAGCGUUUGGAGGGCAGCGAGAACUACUUCUCGUACAACUACACGACCGAAAAGAUCUCCGAAAUGAAACUUAAGUUCUCGGCCCACAUCCAGCAGCACAAAGAACUGGACGACAGCUACUCGGUGGUGGCACUGAUAUCGCGGGCCGAUCUCGCUGAAGGCAGCGAGUACGAAGUGGUGAUGGACUUGAAGAAACCGCUCUGCGAGUGGAUGAAAACGAUCUACAAGACGUACUUCUACGAGGAGCUGGAACCGCUGAGCAAUUUGCCACACUUUGACACCUGCCCGCUUCCGGCGGCUGAGUACUGGCUGAAGGACUACGUACUGGACACCGAACCGUACAAGGAGAUGAUGCAGGAGGGCCGAUGGAAGGUUGAGAUGAAGCUCAUGAAGGGAGACGAGGUGUGCUCGGGAGUUAUUACCACGACCACCGUCAAACCGGUAGCUUAGCACUGCACGUUUGGGUAUGCCGCUCGAAGUCUCGAAAUAAAUUCCUUGUAGUACAUGA